AUGAAAAUGCUCCGGUUUCGCAGCCCAAGCAUCCGCUCCUUGGACCAGGAGGUCCUCUGCACGAUCCGGUUACUGGACGACUCCGAGAUCUCCUGCAGCAUCCAGAGAGACACCAAAGGACAGUUCCUGCUGGACCAUGUGUGUAACCACUACAACCUACUUGAAAAAGACUACUUUGGUAUUCGAUAUGUGGACCCUGAGAAACAGAGGCACUGGCUGGAGCCCAACAAGCCCGUGGUGAGGCAGAUGAAGUCAGCUCAGCAGCCGUACACGAUGUGUUUCCGGGUCAAGUUUUAUCCCAACGAGCCAAUGAAAAUCAAGGAGGAGCUCACCAAGUAUCUUCUGUACCUCCAGCUGAAGAGAGAUGUCUACCAUGGUCGUCUCCUCUGUCCUUUUGCUGAAGCUGCAUAUCUUGGAGCCUGCAUCAUACAGGCUGAGCUCGGGGACUACGACCCAGAGGAGCACCCGUCAGACUAUAUCAGAGACUUCAAGCUGUUCCCUAAACAGUCCCUCAAACUGGAGAGGAAGAUUAUUGAAAUACACAAGAAUGAGCUCAGGGGCCAGUGUGCUGCGUUUGCAGAGUUGAACAUGCUCCAAAGGGCUCACUGCCUCGAGACGUAUGGAGUUGACCCUCACCCAUGCAAGGAUUUCACAGGCUCCACAGCCUUUCUCGGAUUCACAGCCACAGGUUUUGUGGUCUUCCAGGGAAACAAGAGGAUCCACCUCCUCAAAUGGGCUGAUGUUAGCAAGCUGAAGUUUGAAGGGAAAACCUUUUAUGUCAUCGGGGUCCAGAAAGAGAUCUCCUUAACAGGCAGGAUUCACUGUAACAGGAUGUCAUCACUGAAGAAACUGGUGUUGACAUUUCACACCUCGACCCCUGCGGCGUGUAAGCACUUAUGGAAGUGCGGGGUGGAGAACCAAGCCUUUUACAAGUGUGCGAAGUCAAGUCAGAUAAAGACAGUUUCCAGCAGUAACAUCUUCUUCAAAGGCAGUCGGUUCAGAUACAGCGGAAGAGUUGCAAAGGAGGUGAUAGAAGCCAGCUCAAAGAUUCAGAGAGAGCCACCAGACGUGCGCAGAGCCCAGUUUGGUCAGAGUCGAAGUUUUAACUCUCUGAGCCAUAAAAACCUCAUCAUGAACAUGGAGCCACUGGUACCUGCACUUCCCUCCACCAACGAAUACGAAGAGACGGCUACAGACACUGGUGUUGCUGCUCUGAAGGAUUCUGUCACCUUGUCUCCUCUCAAACCUUCAGCUGCACCUGCAGACACAGAGCAACAAAGUAAUGAAGGAGGAAAUUCUGCUUUAGGCAAUGACCUGCAUCCUUCACGUGUUCCCAUGGAAACCUCAAAUCUCCGACCUCAGUCGCCCAAAGCUGAAGAUGAAGUAGAGGAAGAUGACGAGGCCAGCGGUGCUCUCACCAUUUCUGAGCUUGUCUACAGUCCUUGUGCCAGCAUGCUGCCCACCCCAGUGGACGACAGUCAGGGAGGCGUGGACUUGCUCUUCUCCUCUCCGGUCCAGAGCCCCGCCAGGAUGCUGAGGGAGCUCCAUGCCGACCCCGACAUCCAGGCCCAGCUGGAGGCCGAGAGGGAGCGAGACCGGGCCUACGAACGCACCCGACUGGCUUCCAGAGGUCGAAUGGGUGGCGUCCUCACCAGCAGCCUGCGCCUGCUAUCGUCCAAUGAAAGGGUCAAUGCAUGUGUGCUGAGUGUGGCCCGCUUUGUUGCCGUGGUGAUGGGUAUCCUGCUUGUCACCGUGCCCACACUGCUGCUGCUGCUGGAGUCAGACAUUGACGUGUCGUUCCUCCAUGAGAUCCGCCAGACGCCGGAGUUUGAGCAGUUUCACUACGAGUAUUACUGCCCGCUCCGGCGCUGGAUCCUGUGUAGGAUCAGCAUGGCCAUGGAGAACCUCUGGUCAGACUGA